AGUCACUUCUACACACUAGACUAUGGCAAAGAACACAAGGCAGAAAGAGUGAGGUCACUCCUCCACACUGAAAGACGGUCCCCUCCUGUAAUUGUUUGAUACAGGCCACAUAUUCAUCUGUUAGAUGUGGACAACAAGAACAUUUAUGGAGAUUAUCAGUGUCUGUCCGACUGAUCAAAACUGUUGCUUUUGCUGAAUUUGCUUUAUUGACCUGGACAGGAUUACAGUUUAUUUUUGGCCAGGAAUAUUAAAUAGGUCAGUAUGAUGUCAGACGAGUAUUUGGUGGAGUGUAAUAUUGAUGAUGAUGAUGAUGAUGAUGAAGAUGAUGUGAAGAAGAUCCAGCCGUCUCCGCCACCUCCUCCACAGUUCUCCUCCACCUCGUCCCUCACUCAGUGUGAGAGCAGGGAUCCCUGGGGCCUCAACAAACACUUGAAGAUAGAGUUCAGCGAUGUUUUGGCGGAGCCCGCGUCCACGCACAGCUCUGACCGCGUGUGGGUGUACAGCGGCAUCGGGUUCGAGUCCGCGCGGCUCUGGGGUUACCGCUGUGUCACAGCGCUCUGUGCGGUUCCCCUCUCCUGUCUCUGCGGCUGUCUCUUUGCCCUACUGGCCUGUAUGCACAUCUGGUGUGUGAUGCCCUGUAUCCAGGUGUUUCAUAGCUGCCUGCCCUGUGUGAGGUCACUGUGGAUGAGUGUGGUUAAUAUCUUCAUCACUCCAUUCUGCACAUCUGUGGCUCGCUGUUGCAGUGGCGUAUAUGUGGUGUUCUCCAAAGAGUGACGAGACACAAGGAGGAAUCUGAAGAAGCUCGUUUU